AUGCUUGUUCCAGUGGCGCGUGUAUUGAUAGCAAGUCUGCUUGCUGGGGGUCUAGGAUAUCGUGGUCUUAAGAAACAGUCACUAGAUGUGACGGGUGCAAUUUCUGCAUGCUUUGUAGGCUUCUUUACACUCGUAUCGGGCUAUCGCUUUGGUCUCCUACUUCUCGGCUUUUACUUCUCUGGUAGCAAGCUUACCAAGGUCCGAGCGAAGUUAAAGCAGAAGCUUGAUGCCAAUUACAAGACUGGUGGCCAGCGGUCGGCACGUCAAGUGCUGGCAUGCAGUCUCUUGGCUACCAUUAUAGCCGUCUACUCCGUCCUCCAAUUUGGAGACGAUAGCGCAAUGCUCGACUUCCAUGCCGCUCCAGGACGCAGCUAUCUGUUAGCUAGCUAUAUUGGCCACUAUGCUUGUUGCACGGCUGACACGUGGGCCUCGGAGCUCGGCGUGUUAAGUAAGAGCGAACCGCGGCUCAUCACGACAUUGAAGCGGGUGCCGCCUGGCACUAAUGGCGGCGUUUCUAUGCUGGGGAUGGUCGUAUCAGCUCUCGGAGGAGCCUUUAUCGGAGCUCUGUACUACAUGGCAAGUUUGGCGUCUGGCACGGCACAGCUUCAGGUGGUUACGCUGGGCGUCGUGACCGGCCUCUUUGGUUCCGUGCUAGACUCGGUCAUUGGCGCAACGAUGCAAGCCACGUAUUUUGACCGAGCGAAGCGCAAGGUCUGCCAUGAAACGGCGAACGUUGAGCACGUCUCUGGAGUCGAUUGGCUGAGCAACGAGCAGGUCAAUGCUGUGUCGACGGUGGUGACUACAGUUAUCAGUGGGACUGUGGCGAGCUAUUUGUUCCCGUAA